GACAGUGAGAGGAGGAGCUACAGUGGAAAGAGGAGAGCUUACACGUCACACUCAGGAAAUGAAUGUUAAGUUAGUCAGAGAGGCAGCCACACUGCAGUCGAGACUAGUCUCCGUUUCUGUCUACAGAAAAUACAAACUGAGUUAAUCAGAUCUUUCUCAACAACACAGCAGAGUCUCUGUCAAACACUGAUAUGGCUGCUGCAAGCUACCUGCCAUCUGAGGAUCAGUUCCUCUGCUCCAUCUGUCUGGAUUUGUUCACUGUUCCAGUCACCAUACCAUGUGGACACAACUUCUGUAAAGACUGCAUCACUGAACACUGGGAUACAAGUGACAAGUACCUGUGUCCCAUGUGUGAAAAAGAGUUCAACACAAGACCUGAGCUGCACGUUAACACUUUAAUCUCUGGGAUGGUCGCUCAGUUCAGACAGUCGGCUCAACAGAAAGCCAGCAGCAGCAGCAGCAGCUCAGAGCAACAAGUCUUCAAAGCAGGAGAAGUUCCCUGUGACGUCUGCACUGAAACCAAACUGAAGGCCCUGAAUUCCUGCCUGGUGUGUCUGACCUCCUACUGUGAGACUCACCUGGAGCCUCAUCUGACAUCUUCAAGCCUGAAAAGACAUCAGCUGAUCGACCCUGUGGAGAACCUGGAAGACAGGAUGUGUCCGAAGCACGAUAAACCUCUGGAGCUGUUCUGUAAGACCGACCAGACAUGUGUCUGUAUGCUCUGCCAUGUUUCAGACCACAAGAUGCAUGAUGUGGUUCCUCUGAAAGAAGGAUAUGAAGGGGAGAAGGCCGAUUUGGGGAAGACAGAGGUUGAAACUCAGCAGAUGAUCCAGGAGAGACAACUGAAGAUUGAGGAGAUCAAACACUCAGUGGACCUCAGUGAGAAAGAAGCAGACGGAGAGAUAGCAGAAGGUGGUAAGGUCUUCACUGCUCUGAAGGAGUCUGUUGAGAGAGGCCAGGCCAAUCUCAUCAACACGAUCAAAGCGAAGAAGAAAACAACUGAAAAAAAGGCUGAAGCUUUAAUCAAAGAGCUGGAACAGGAAAUCUCUGAGCUGAAGAAGAGAAGCUCUGAGGUGGAGCAGGUCACACACUCUGAAGACCACCUGCAUUUUCUUCAAAGUGUCAAGUCCCUAAACAUUCAACACCGACAACCCUCCAAGGACUUGAGAAAAUUCCGCUUCACCCCAGCAGUAUAUGAGGGGACCGUGGUAAAGGCUGUGGCUCAGCUGGAGGAGACUUUCAGUAAAGAGAUGAAGAAGCUGCUUGAAGGUGAACUGAAGAGGGUCCAGAAAUAUGCUGUAAAUGUGACUCUUGAUCCUGAUACAGCACAUCCCUGUCUCACCCUGUCUGAUGAUAAAAAAAGAGUUGAAUAUAGUGAUGUCGAAGAGAAUCUCAAUCUCCCAAACAACCCAGAGAGAUUUUCUGAAUGUGAUAGUGUUUUAGGAAAGCAGAGUUUCUCUUCAGGCAGAUUUUACUUUGAGGUUCAAGUUAAAGGAAAGACUGAAUGGUAUUUAGGAGUGGCCAGAGAGUCGAUCAACAGGAAGGAAUAUAUCACACUGAGCCCAAAACAUGGUAACUGGACUAUAUGGUUGUUAAAUGGAUAUGGCUACAAAGCUCUUGCUGGUCCUUCAGUCCGUCUCUCUCUGAAGUCUCAGCCUCAGAAGGUGGGGGUGUUUGUGGAUUAUGAGGAGGGUCUGGUCUCCUUUUAUGAUGUAGAUGCUGCAGCUCUUAUCUACUCCUUUACUGGCUGCUCCUUCACUGAGAAACUCUACCCAUUCUUCUGUCCUGGACUUUUAUACUGCAGUAAAAACACUGCACCUCUGAUCAUCUUGCCUGUCAACUAAUCACUCAUCUUAUUUCAUGUUUUGAUUUAGUCAGAACUGCAUAGUUUCCAUUUUAUUUUCUACAUAAUAAGUUUACUGUGGUGAUUGAUUUACAUUUCAUUCGUUAUGUAUCCCAUUAGAUACAACACAUUAUUGGAAGCAUUCGUUUACUCAAUAAUUAUCUCAUCAACACUUAUUCUAACACACAUAUGGAGAAUAUGUGUUAAAGUUUUUAUAAAGCCACAGAUAAUUACUUUAACUUCAAGAAGGAGCCAUUGCAGGUUUUAUAUUGAUUACUGGUUAAAUAGCUUAUGAAUCAAAAACAUUUGUAAAUAUCUGAUUGUGAGUUAAAAACAUUAAAAUAAACUGCAUGUUGAACACAA